CAGAGUUAUCUGAAAAAGAAGAAAAAGUUAUUGAAAACUGGUUACUAACAAUGGCUAGAAAAGGUUUUCCAGUUCACAAGCAAAAUAUUAUUCUGUCAGUUAAAAAAAUAAUCGAAGAAACAGGACGAGAAACAAAAUAUUUACUCAAUAAAACACCUGGACGUUCCUGAUUUGAAGAAUUUCUCAAGCGUCACCCUAAUAUUAGACAAAAAUAUGCUGAGUCAGUCAGUAAGGCACGUGCUGUUGUAACUCAGGACAGAAUUGAAUCCUGGUUUGACGAAAUUUCUAGCUACUUGAGAGAAGAAAACUAUGAAUGUAUACUAAAUGAUUCCAGCCGAAUUUUUAAUGGGGAUGAGACCCCUGAAAUCUGGUUGGUCAACAGAAGUAAGGAACUGGAAAUUUGAAAACUUUCCAAGAGAACUAACACGCUAUACUUUUGGCACGAUCCUCAAAUUGGUUUUUGAAUAUGCUUCGGAAAAAACAAUAAAAAAUGGAUUCAGAAAAAGUAGAUUAUUUCCUUUCGAUAAAAAUAAUGUAGAUUAUACAAAAUGUAUACCUAACCGAAAAUUAUCUGUAAAUUUUGAUAAAAAACAAAAUGUUAACAAUACGAUUCAAAAAACUACAGAUUCAUUUCUCAAAAUAAUAGAAAACCAAUCAGAAGUGCAUACAGCAAGUAUGAAUGAACUUAUUCAAAAUAAUGAAAACGUCAACAUAAUUGCGAAUAUUUCUCCUGUUGCCGGUCCAUCUACAUGUCCUAACUGGAAGACCCCUGAAAAAAGAAAUAUUUUGUAUUAUGAGGACAAAGAAGAUGAAGGCUUCAAUGUACCCACACCGUUUAAGAAAUGCCUAGUUAUACCCACAAAAUCAGAGGAUAUAAAAACCCCUAAACAAAAACGAAAAAUAUUUCCAGCUGUUGUGUCCAGUGAAAAAUAUAGAGAAUUUUAUGAAAAGAAAAUAAAUAAGAAAAAAAAUGUUACGCAGAGGAAAAAAGCAAAAAGUUCCCAUAAAAAUGAUGUUAACGAAAAAGAAGACACUUCAGAUUCAAACAUGGAAAUUUCCUAUGCAGAUGAAGACCUUGAUUUCAGUGAACCAGAAAAUCUCAUGUUGGCAGAUGGGCAGUAUGUUAUAAUUAAAUAUGAAGAUAAAUAUUAUCCAGGUGUAAUCCUUAAACAUGAUUAUGAUGGCGCAGAAGAGCGAACUAUGGAAAGUGCAGUUAUUAAUUCCUGGAAAUGGCCUGUAAAAGAAGAUGUGCUAUAUUAUUUCAAAGAGGAUAUUAUACUUACCAUUAAAGAACCACAACUGAAAAAUAAUAGAGGUUGUUUUGAUGUCCCUGGAAUAAAGAAAUUUGUUUAAAAUUACUUUUUAUGC